AUGAAAUGUGCUGAGGUAUCCCUUGAGAAAAAGCUUGACAUGUUUGCAUUACAAAACGGGGGACAGUGCUUUGGAGAUAAAAACGCAGAGACUUCCUUCAGGAAAUAUGGACCAAGUACAGGCUGCUGUGGUAAAUAAACAUAAUGUAGAGUGUUUUAAGGACUGAAACAUGUAAGAUUUUAUUGUGGUAUAUUUAGGCUGUAUUCGGCCUUGUACGAUUAAAGCAUGGUUCCAUUUCACCUGUGAACCAAUAACCUGGUACCCCGCGGGUAUACCACCGGGUAUUGGUAAUUUUUUCCUUAACUUGGCGGUCUAUUCUCCCCCUCUCUUCGGGAGCAAGUAAUAAUUCCUCACACCCAGGACUCCUCAUCGCCCACACGACCACUAAAACUUUGUUUUGUGUACAAUAUCAAAACCAAACGUAUUAAUAGAUAGUUCAAUACUUUUCUAAAGUUUACUCAACAAUAAUAAUAUGACAACUAACUUGAAAAAAAAAAUACGAAAAAGCACUACCUGCACAUAAGCGUACAAUCAGCAGAUAGUCAAGUAUUAAUGGUCAAUAAAGGAACUUCAAACACCCACUUUUCUAUCAAAUUCCAAAUAAAUUAACGCUCUAUAAUCAUAAUAAAUUAGGAUUUGAUUAUAGCUGAUACAAUAUCAUCAGCUAUUCUUAUCCUUUAGUUUAAGUCAUGGCUAAUAGAUUAUUUUUGUAAAAUGCUUGUUUAGGAGAUGGAGAAGGUGGACAGUGGAGCAACGAGGUGUAUAGGUAGGUAAUAAUGGUUAUUUCUUGAAGUCUAGUUUAUGUAUUCGGCGAUUGCCUUGUAUUUUUUACAUUGCAGUUUCCUAGGAAAUAAUAGCGAGCCAUUAGUGAAUGCUAGUUACAAUCCCUGGUCUUCCUGGUCACCAUGCUCACAUACUUGUAGCAAUGGUAACAACACUGCGAUGCAAACGCGCAAUCGCACGUGUUUUACGUCACAGGUCACUUACAUCACGCCAGGUUGCGGAACUACAACCAUCGAGGCUCGCCCAUGUGGAGUGCAGAUUUGUCCUGGUAAGGCGUAA